UAUCGAUCUAAUACCGACCGAGAAGGAAGUUGCACAGACGGACGAUUCCGACGGAUACCAAAAUGACCAAGUUUCUUCAAUCCUAUGGAUAUGAUCUGAUUCUGGGAGCUAUAGCUGCAAUUUAUGUGCUCAUGGCACCAUACACUAAGGUGGAAGAGAGCUUUAACGUACAGUCAAUGCACGACAUUCUUUACCAUCGCCAUCGUUUGGAAUCUUAUGAUCAUUUGGAAUUCCCCGGUGUUGUCCCUCGAACUUUUAUUGGAGCCUUCAUAGUCUCUUUUUUUGCAUCACCCGUUGUCUCCAUUAUCACCUGCCUUGGCUUCCCUAAGAUUUAUAGUCUUGUUGCAGCUCGUUUGGUGCUGGGCUGCAUCAUAUUAUCCACACUAAGAUUUUUCCGGAUUCAGAUUAGAGAAAAGUUUGGACCUCAAGUGGAAUCUUUCUUUGUACUUCUCACCGGUCUUCAGUUUCAUUUUCUUUUCUACUGCACUCGUCCUCUACCUAAUAUUCUAGCUUUGGGAUUAGUUAAUCUGGCAUAUGGUAAUUGGUUAAAGGGAAACUUUUAUUCCGCUUUGAGAUUCCUGAUUUUUUCCACUGUAAUCUUUAGAUGCGAUGUGAUGUUACUGCUCGGGCCUAUCGGUCUUGAGUUUUUAUUGACCAGGUCGAUCUCCUUCUGGAAAGCACUUAAGUAUUGUGUUGUAACCGCUGUGCUGGCUGUAGGUCUUACCAUUUCCGUUGACUCUAUCAUGUGGAAGAAGUUUGUCUGGCCAGAAUUUGAAGUUUUCUGGUUUAACUCCAUUCUGAACCGGAGUUCUGAGUGGGGUACACAUUCCAUUCAUUGGUACUUCACCUCGGCACUCCCACGAUCAUUGCUAGUAGCUUAUCCUCUUUCCCUGCUUGGUACCUUACUUGACAGGAGGGUUCCAUUCCUUAUUCUCCCGGUUUUAUCCUUUGUUAUACUCUACUCUAAACUUCCACACAAGGAACUCCGCUUUAUUAUUAGUUCAGUGCCAAUGCUCAACUUAUCUGCUGCAGUUGCUGCUAGCAGAAUCUACAAUAACAGGAGGAAAACUAUUUGGAAAUUGGUGAACAUGGCAAUGCUAGCAUUAUUUUUAAUCAGUGCAGGGUGCACGAUUGUAACAUUCAUGGCAUCUUACAACAACUAUCCAAGCGGCUAUGCUCUUAAGCACUUGCAUCAGAUAAGCCAUCCUGCAAAUGUAGAGUGGGUUCACAUAGACACUUUUGGUGCUAUGAAUGGAAUAUCUCGCUUUUGUGAAGAAGCUUUUCCGUGGAGAUACUCAAAAGAAGAAGAGGUGGUGGUGGAGGAGUUGAGAAACAGGAAUUUCACGUACCUUGUGAACGAGCACCCCUCUGUGGAUGGAUACAAGUGUUUGUUUUCUGAACAAGGCUUUGAGAGAGUCGAACUGCGGCGAGGUUUCCCUCCCAUUGUUCUGGUAAAAAGAGCGAAAGUAUACGUGCACGGGGAUAUGAAGAAGGAAGAUCAUUUACACAAGAAAUGGCCAGGAUGUUAGAGACAUGGUUUCGGGUCGAUGCUGGAGCACAGUUUUUUUUUUAUCCCGACGAGAGAGGAGUUUGAUGUAACGAUAACCGAUAUUUUACGAUAGAGUGUGUGUGUAAUAAUAAUAAAGAGAUUGAUUGAUGGAUUGAAAACCGUAUGAAUGAAUGAGAAUGAUUCUCCGCGUCCGUCUUUGG